AUGGCACCACGAUUACUCCUUUUUGCUGGCGCACCGCCAGCUUCGUCUCUCACAGCACAAUCUUGCACAAUAACACAAAUCGACGACUCCUUCGCUGAAUUUCUUGGGCUAGCCCAUCAAGGAACGGCUCCAGUAUCAUCUCAAAGUAUAGCUCCAUGGCGUUCUCUGCCGCUGAACAGAAAACCCCUUCACACAGGCUUCAGCCAGACCCAUAAUAUCAGCGUCAACCUCGCCAACCAAUCCGAAUUCUUCACCACGGCUGAGAUCUCGUUUAAGGAACAAUCUCAGUCUUAUGAGGGCGAAGAUCCAGAGAAUGUGUUGUCGCAGUUUUAUGACCAUUCCCUAGCUUUACACAAUUCGAUCCCAUCAUCACAGCUUGACAGUUUCGAGGAGACGACAUUUGAGGAGACAUCGUUUAUGACGACUUCUUCGACAGCACAUUUGAAUAUGAGAGACACUGUUCCUUCUCAUCUCUCUGAUUUGGAAGAUAUACCGCCGGCUCGGAGGAUUCUGGCUCUCAAUCCCCAGACUGUCACUCUCAACAUUAUUGCCGGCAUUAUAUCCAUCGCACAGCCACGGACAGUCACAACCCGCUGGGGUCGCAGCCUCUCUUUAGUGGAGAUUCUCCUCGGGGACGAUACAAAGACAGGCUUCGCUGUGACGUUUUGGCUUGCGGAGGAGAACGAUGCAGCUGCUGAGAUUGGUGCCCUUCGGCGUCAGGAUGUAGUUCUCAUGCAGAACGUGGCACUUCAUGUGUUCAAGGACAAGGUCUAUGGUCAGAGUCUCCGGAGGGGCAUGACCAAAGUGCGUCUACUAUGGAGAAGGGAUGGCUCUGGGCUUUAUUCGACGCGAGAGCUCUCCAAGCGCGGUCAGAUGCACCCGCAGUUACAGAAGGCGAAGCAAGUAAAAGAUUGGGUGCUCAAAUUCGUAGGAGCCGAUGUUGGGGUAAAGACGAGAGCUAGAAAAACACGGGUUUCAUGGGACAGACCACCAGAUGACACACAAUGA